CAAAGUACUUUCGACCAAGGUACAUCCGUCCCUUAUUUUAUCUUGGCAAAGAUAAGGCUGCGAGCAGAAUCAUCCCAACAAAAUUAGAACACUUUUUGCUGGAGAAUGAGGAUGCAACAGUGGAUCUCAUUAACAACAUGAUGAGCAAGGAUAAGAUUUUCAGAGAUCUGAGGCUCCAAGAAAAUCUCCUCAAAUUUCAUGGAGUAGUCAAAAAGUACAGCCUAUUUACAACUAUAGGAGGCAUGGAGAUCAAGGUGAAAGCACACAAGCGAGACAGCCUGUGGUUUCCCCGUGAAGUUUCCUUUUACCUUGGAUUCACCAUCAGAGGUCUGCUAGCCUUUGGCAUCCAGACAAAGCCCAGUGAAAAUAGGCCUCCAAAACGCUGUGCAUCUUGUGGCAGCGACAUGGCAGAGAGCAAAACUGACUCUUGUAAGUGGACCGCAGCUACACCUAAAAGAACAACACUAAAUCAUGCCCCAACCUAUAGCUUUCAGUCUGAAGCAGGACAAUUCCAAUGCAGUGUGUCUGGCCUACGUUGGGUUUGUAAGAAAAAGGUCAGCUUCAUGUACCAGUUUAGAUCUUGGGAGGAACACAAGCAGAAGCUGGACCUGGUGCAUUGCUCACCAGGAGGUCCCCUACUGGACAUUAGAGUCACUGAUGGAGAGUUCGAUGAAGUGCAUCUCCCACACUGGAUCUGUAUAGAUGGUUUCUCUACAGUUUCUGACAAGUUUGCAGUUCUACACAACGACACGUUCGGAAACUUUCUAGAACAAGUGUCUGAUGCCACAUCAAGACAUGUCAAGUUAUUCCACCCCAACUUCUCUACACAUGGAGUCCUCAGAAGAGCUGGAUUUCCAGUGAAAGCUCACUGCAAUGUGUUGAUUUAUCAGACCAAGAAGGCGCCCCCUACAUUACACGUUUAUCUGAUCCCAUGUGAUCCUGCUCUACAACAGGAAGUGGAGCAAAUGGAAAGGACCAGUGGAUCUUGCAUUAUCCAGAAGCCAAACCCACAGAAGUCCCUGAAAAUUCUGGGUUCUUUCAUCCUCAGAACUGACGCAAAAACUGCAGACAUUUCUCCUGCUGAAAUAAAACUUGGACAUGAACGUGGAAUACCAUGUUUCUUUAUGGUACUCCUUAAGAAGACAAACAGGGACUUCACGCUCACACUGGGAGAUAAAGAGGAGGACCUAUGGUCCUGUACAAUUUCAAGAGAUGAAUAUCAAAACUAAAACAGAGGAGAUAGGCAUGAUCAGCAGGUAACACAAGAUGGGAUAAGAAACUUGACAUCAUCAUCAUCAUCUGUAUAUCAUCAUUUAUAGGCCAUCAGUACCUGCAUCUAUUUGGUGGUUUAUUUUAUAUCUAGGGCUCUAGAUUUUAGCAUUACCUUUUAUGUAAUUAUGAGAUAUAUGAAACUAUAAGAAGCAACAUGCAAACAAAGGAAAAAAUGUAUUCACAAUGUAACACAAUUGCCUUUUUGUAAUCUUAUUGAGAGUAUGAUUUUAUAACUGACAGCCAGCUGAUAUAUAUUUUUUUAAAAUUAAUCUCUAUGUUUUGUAUAAUGGCCAAUUCAUUAAGUAAAGUAUGUUAUGGCUGGUGGGCCAUAGCUGUCCUUUAUAUUUACUAUGAUAUGACAUGUCUUCUAGCUAUGGUUCAGACAUAGGAUAUGUUGCUUAUACAACUAUGUGCCUUGUGAUUAUAAACUCACGUUAUCCAAGUUACUUUUUAGACCAUAUAUACUCUACAUUUUCUGUGUUUCUUUGUCAUUCUUUCUGGUUGCAUGAGCAGAGUGUAUCACGGUGCAAAUAAAGUGCCUUCCUAAAGAACUGAUCGACUC